CCACAGAGAAAAACUUUAUCCAUUCGCUUGGCGUUUAUUUUCCAACAGUUUUCUAACACACUCACACACACGUUCAUGUGCAUUGCUGACUGCAAGGGAAAAAAAUUCAAGUGCACAUAAUUUUGCCAAUACACACAUACAGGCAAAGGCACAGAUUUUGUUUUUGGGCAAAAUUUUUGGCAUUUUUGCAGCUUAACUUGCUAAACUAUUUGCAAAUUGUCGGAGCAAAAACAAGAGGAACAACCCCCAAAUAGGAAGCCGCGCAACCAGGCAACUGAAAAGGGUUGUGAAUAUAUAUAUAUAUAUAUUUCGGCAUUGUUGGUUCAAUAACUCCUGGCAACAUGAGCGUUGUUUGGGACCUGGGCAACUGGACGCCGGCGUGGCGGUUAGACAGUCACCAGACGACGUUCCGUUCGAGCGGUACAGCCCACACCAUGUACGGUCGCCAGGCGGGCGGCGCCAAUCAAGCGGGUGUAUCCAAUAGCACCACCACCAGCGGCGGUAACAGCGGAGCCGGAGGCGGCCAGGGACAUGACAAGAUGAAAAUUGGCUUCUGCACGGAUCUGGAUAAGUCCGUGCUGGUCAAUAACUUUGAGAAGCGGGGAUGGCAUCAGGUGAACGGCGAUGAUGACUGGCACUUUUACUGGGCGGGAGUGCAGACCUGCAGGAAUAUCUUCAGCGUGGACAGUGGCUAUCGAAUGCAUGACAACCAGAUGAUCAAUCACUUUCCCAAUCACUACGAGCUGUCGCGAAAGGACCUGCUGGUGAAGAAUAUCAAGCGGUAUCGCAAGGACCUCGAACGGGAUGGCAAUCCCUUGGCCGAGAAAACGGAAUCAAACAACUCGAGUGGCACUAGGUAUUUGUACUUGGACUUUGUCCCAACCACAUUUGUCCUGCCAGCCGAUUACAAUAUGUUUGUCGAGGAAUACAGGAAGUUUCCGCUGAGCACUUGGAUCAUGAAGCCCUGUGGAAAGUCCCAAGGAGCUGGAAUAUUCCUCAUCAACAAACUGUCCAAGCUCAAGAAGUGGUCCAGGGAGGCCAAGGGUCCAUUUCAUCCACAGAUUGCCAAGGAGUCUUAUGUAAUCUCCAGAUAUAUAGACAAUCCCCUGCUGAUUGGUGGCAAAAAGUUUGAUCUACGCUUGUACGUCUUAGUGGCAUCCUUUAGGCCUUUGAAGGCUUAUCUCUUCAAGCAGGGAUUCUGCCGUUUUUGUACUGUGAAAUACGAUACGAGUGUCACGGAGCUGGACAAUAUGUACGUCCAUCUGACCAAUGUCAGUGUGCAGAAACAUGGCGGUGAAUAUAAUACCCUGCAUGGAGGAAAGUGGUCUGUUCAGAACCUGGCCCUAUAUCUGGAGGGAACCCGGGGAAAGGAGGUCACAGAUCGUCUGUUUGGUGCUAUAUCCUGGCUCAUAGUCCACUCCCUGAGAGCGGUGGCCCCGGUGAUGGCCAGCGAUAGGCAUUGCUUCGAGUGCUAUGGCUACGACAUUAUCAUAGACAAUGCCCUGAAACCCUGGUUGGUGGAAGUCAAUGCCUCGCCCUCUCUGACUUCAACCACAGUCAACGAUCGGAUACUCAAGUAUAAGCUAAUUGAUAAUAUCUUAUCGGUGGUUCUGCCUCCGGAUGGAGUGCCGGAUGUGCGUUGGAAUAAGGUACCCAGUGCCGAUGCCUUGGGUAACUUUGAACUGCUCAUAGACGAGGAGUUGGCUGCCCAGGAUGAACAGCAUCAGAAUAGCAGCAAUAAUGCCCACACCAAGACCUCAAAGAUGGGCAGUCGCUGGAAGUGACGAAAGUAGUUCCGGGGAAAGGGAAUACCGGGGGCUCAAAAAUAAUCCAAAUCCGAAAAUAUAAAUAAAAUAUAAAACGAAAUAAAAU